CACCUCUCUUACGUCACCAUCCUUCUAAUCGGUGACGUCAUACCGCGUGACCUCGUUCUAGUUCAUCUGGCGAUCAGUGUAGAGAGUAAUUAUUUGAAGAAAACGCUGAACGCCAAACGAAAUUUGUACUACACCUUCAAUUGGGACAAGCAGGAUAAGUAUCAGCAGAAGAUAUACGGAGUCUCCACUGUCAAAGUAUCUGUCGGUUACGAGUACAUGGGCUGCAGCGAAAUUUUUUGGACAGUAUCUACCGGCAGGAUGGUUGCUUACUCCUGGAACCCAAUGGACUUUCAUAAGUGGAGAGUUAACGUCCUACAUGCCUACGAUCCUUCUGGAGGCAUCUUACACCGUGGAGAUGGCAGUAUGUUUUUAUUCAGAGACCAACCUCCGCACAUCACUACUUAUAUCGGAGAUGGCUCGAUUCGGAAACACGAGUGCAAGAGAUGUGUCGAGACGAUAUCGGAAUGUCGGUUAAUUGCUCCGGUCGAUAUUGUCGAAGGCACCGAUGGUUCUCUCUACAUGGCUGAUUAUAAUUUCGUUAGGAAGAUCUCGCCCGAGAAUAAUAGUGUUACCAACGUCUUGCAGUUGAACAUAACCGACGUAUCGUACAAGUACUACCUAGCCGUCAACCCGCUAGAUGGCUCGGUAUUCGUUUCAAACUACAAAAACUAUCGGAUCUUGCGGAUAAAGAACACCAGCUCUUUUAGCGACGCCGCGAAAAAUUUUGAAGUUUACGUGGGUACUGGCGAGCCCUGCAUACCGGGUGAUAAAGAACUCUGUGGAGAUAAUGGGCCUGCCAUUCAGGCAAAACUAUUUUUUCCAAAAGGCAUAGCUAUAAACAAAGAUGGCGUCCUGUAUAUAGCUGAUGGAAAGAACGUACGAAUGGUGAACGGUGAAGGAAUAAUAACGACAGUUGUUGGCACACCAAAAUUGCCUGGACCAUUCAUUCCAUUCCCUUGCUCAGGGGUCUCUAUGGCUUCUGACGUAAUGUUACAGUGGCCAACCUCUCUCUCCAUCAACCAUUUAGACGAAUCU